UGAUGACGAUGAUGGGCUGUGUGGAGUGUGUGAUAAUUGCAUGAGAAGAAUUUGUUAGUCUAUUCUUAGCAUCCAACAGACAGACAACAACACGUCGCACACCACCGAGGACAUAAACACGGCCAGAAACCGCCUUCAGUCCGGGACUGAGCUACAAGAACACGGUCCGGAGUUUUUCCGGCGAAACGUUGUACUCCGUUUAGUGUGGACUGUGAAACGCGUCGAACCCGUAAGGACCCUUGGCGGAAUCACCGACCCAGUGUGCGCUCUGCUGAUCGAUUAGCAUAAAUGCAGUCCGUGUGGUGGCAUGUUGUGUUGUGCGCGCGGGUGAAUGAACAGUUUUCCCGAGUUUAAAGUGGCCACCCACCCUUGAACCUAACCCACCCCCACAGGUGGGAGGAAGUGAUUUAAAGGCUAAUUGGCUCAUCGUCGUCGACAAGGCGGCGCAUAGAGAGUGAAAGCGGGUGAAAAAUUGCAAAUCGACAAUUGACCCUCGGAAAAAAAAAACCAAAAACGAAAAACGGUGUCCUGUGAUUGAUUAUCGCGCUGCCAAAUAGUGAUUUCAAUGAUCUGAUAACGGUGCUUUGAUAGUGGUCAAGUUUGAGUCGGCCACAAGACCUCCGGUCUUGUACGUUUUUAUUGGUUUCCAUUAAUUUUCGGUCGCCACUGUGUUUAUGUUUCCAUUCUUCAUCUGGGCACGUGACUCAGAGUGUGUGUGUGUGUGGGAGAGCGCUUUUCGUGAUCAAUUUUCGUGCGUGUAGAUCAGCUGAAAUGGUUCCGAAGGAGAAACAUGAUACAUAAUUCUAAUUAGGAUACAAAUGGGUCUCAACCGUGGUGGGCCCAACCGAGUUGUAUGAAUUCUAAUUAGUGGUCAAUAUUUUGUGUGUGCGCUCGAAGUGAGGGAAUUGUGUUUUCUGUGACACGAGACUACCGAAAGGUGAACAAAAACUGUGUGUGCGUGUGGAUCGAACCCGUUGCGGAACAUAUCCUGGAAUCGGUAGCGAACCGACCACUUUCGUGAUAUGGUUGAUAUCGAAUUAAUGAUGAUGCAAGGCAGUGGUGGAGACGAAUCGGACUCCUCGCGCGGCGGAAUUCCCUCCAAUCUAGAAGUGCCUCCAGGUCUGUCGUUGUUCUCGCAGAACCAUCUUCACCACGACCAUCACCACCACCAUCAUCAUCAUCACCAUCAGAACAACGGCAGCGCAGCAGCCGACGAACAGAUGCAGAUCGAAAAGCUCAAGCAACUGCAAAGUGCGGAACAGAUCCUGCUGCAGAUGGCGCGCCUUCGGCAGCCACCGCCCGAUUUGGACAUCCGAGACGGAUCGGUGGUGGCCAACAAGCCAGUUCCCCGGGGUACCCAAUACGGACCAUUUCUUGGGAAGUUUCUGCGGGAGUCGUUGGGUCGACAGGAGUUCAUGAACACAAACCUUCGCGGCCUGCUGGACGCCACCCUGGAAACGGUCAAUUGGUGUGGGAACAUCCGUAGCGCCGAAAACCCGGCGGAAGUGAAUGUGCAGCAGUUUUUCAAAGAUGGUUAUCUGUGGUAUAAUGUCAUUUGUGAUAUCAGUCCCGGCCAGGAGCUGCUACUCACAUCCGAGCAUCCCGCCUCGCAUCAUCAUCGGAUGGAAUCGAGCGACGAUCGGAGUGACCGUGGGGGAUUGGGUUCCCAACACAGUGAAACAUUCGAGGAUGAGUUCAACACAUCGACAGAUCUAGAUUCUAGUCACAAGGAGCUCCAUAACAGCAGCAGCGGCCAGAACACCAACAACAACAACAGCAGUGGAAGUCAUCAUAACAUAAGUGUCGACCACAACAGCCGGAACAGUAGCAACAACAGCAAUAGCGCCACCAACGGGGCUGAUCAUCAACUGCAGGUCGCCAAUUACGAUCUCGCUGAAGACGAAGUCGACGAGGGCAUCGAUUCGCGGUGCGCUGUUUGCGAUCAGCAGUUCCCAGAUAUCGAUCAGCUCGACGAUCAUCUGGUGAUUGCGCAUCACUAUCGGCGGGAAGCCCAUCGGUGUGAGUUGUGCCCAAAGUCCUACUCAUAUCGGCUAUCGCUGCUGAGACAUCGGGCCCUCGUGCACAACGGAACCAAGCGAUAUCAGUGCGAGAACUGUCCCAAGUACUUUACCGACCCAUCGAACCUCCAGCGGCACAUCCGCAUCCAUCACGUGGGAGCCCGCAGUCACGCCUGCCCGGAGUGCGGCAAAACAUUCGGAACCUCUUCCGGACUCAAGCAGCAUACGCACAUCCACUCGUCGGUGAAGCCGUUCCAGUGCGAGGUGUGCUACAAGGCGUACACCCAGUUCUCGAACCUGUGCCGGCACAAGCGCAUGCACGCGGAUUGUCGCGUUCAGAUCAAGUGUCCCAAGUGCGGCCAAAGUUUCAGCACCACUACGUCGCUCUCGAAGCACAAGCGGUUCUGUGAUUCGACUCCUGUGGGAGGAGGCGGAGGAGGAAGACCUAUCCAUCCGGCGACGGCAGCCGCAGCCGCAGCAGCUCACCAGCAAGCAGCCAUUGCUUCGGGUGUCCCGAAUCUACCGCACAACAUGGCCACACCGCCGAAUCCAUUCCUAAUGUUCGCUGGGAAUCCAUUUUUCCCGCACGGUUUUCGUCCGGGGAUGGCUCCGAUUCUGCCGCCGAAUCUGGCGCCCCAAUUCCCGAUGUCAUUCUUCCCCAACCCAGCUCCCGCGAAUCCUGCAGAACACGAACGCAAGACUCCCUCCCCAAGGCAUAUGAAUUUCAUGGAUCAAUACGGUCAGCAGACGAUGAAGAUCUCUCCGCCGACGGCCGAGGAGGCCACCAAUCACUUACGUCCGUCACCAGCCCGCCCAAUCCCGAUGAACUUCAACUCGAUACCUUCGAUGACAUCCACACCGAUCCCGGCAGCAGCGAUGUCUGCCUCGACCAUGCACAACAUGCACAACAACAGCAGCAUCAAGAACCCCACCAAGGCGGAGAGCAGUCGUCAAAAUGGAUCGUUCAACAGCAGCCUGGGGUCACGAGGGGUACCAUCGGAGGCUCACAGUUCUGAGGAUGAGUUACCUUCGACGGGUUCCAUUCGGGUUAAGGACUUCUCGCUGUGUUCAACGGCGUCCUCGAUCACAUCGCUGGACAUCAAAGAGGAACAGCAGUCCGUUGAGGUGGUCAAAGAGGAGAUCGAGGAUAUGGAUAGCGAGCCGGAGAUGCCACCAGCUAAGAUCGCGAAGACGGAAUCAGAACAACCGUUGGAUUUGAGUGUCACCAAAAAGAAGACCGAUGCGCGUAGCCCAACACCCAUCGAGGUCACUACGCCAUCGCCGACGCCAACGCCACCAGCAUCGGAACCCGCUCCAGUAAGCUCUCCGAAAGUGCACGAAAUGAGCGCUCCAAGUCCAUCGCCAUCGCUUUCGCCUCACGCUUCACCGUCACCGUCGUCCCCGAGUGCGCAACCAAUAUCCUACCCACGACCGAUCUAUCCGUAUCUUCUGGAAGCCAUGUACCGCCCAGGGAUUCCGAACUUCCAGCGACCUCCGUUCAAUUUCCUCGGUUCGUUCGGACCCAACUUCGAUCUGCUGAAGCGUAACGCUUCCUUUCCGCCGAAGCCUUUCCACGAGACAAUCAUGGCGGCUGGUGGGUUGACCGGUGGUGGCAAGGCCAAGGAUCGCUACUCGUGCAAGUUUUGUGGCAAGAUCUUCCCGCGGUCGGCGAAUCUGACGCGCCACCUGCGCACCCACACCGGUGAGCAGCCCUACAAAUGUCGGUACUGUGAGCGGUCAUUCAGUAUCUCUAGUAAUUUGCAGCGUCAUGUGCGUAACAUUCACAACAAAGAGCGCCCCUUCAAGUGUCACCUGUGCGAGCGUUGCUUCGGCCAGCAGACGAAUCUCGAUCGGCACCUGAAGAAGCACGACGCUGACGCCGCAGGGGUCGACAUUGGGCUGGGAGAUUCACCCUCGUCCAACGAGGCCGAACGGGAGGAUGCGUAUUUCGACGAGAUUCGAUCGUUCAUGGGCAAGGUGACGUACUCGGGAAGUGCUGGGUUACAUCACCACCCUAACCACAAGUACACUCCCAUCGAUGUGACCAGUGUCGAUCCGGAACACGAGGACGGCCCGAGCGACGUUGACAGUGACAUGAUCAAUAUCGAUUCCGACAAAGAACCGAUGAACAACAAUGACACGAUAGAAGUUUCCACCUAAAGGUGGCGCUGCGCCAGUGCGUGUUUGUCUGUGUAAAUAAGACUAUUGAUUGGACCAAAAACUAGUGACGACGACGACGAUCACACUAUUGGGGACACCGAACCAUGUCUUCAAUCGUCUGUACAUACCGGGAAACUUGGUGGACCCAAAACAUCUGUAACUAUAACCUACCCUGUGCUCACUAUUAGCGAAUUAAUUCAGAGACAUGUUCACACAACUAUAGACCAGGUUCACUGAAGUAUAGUAUUAUCGUAAGCUCACUUCAACAACAAUAAUCUUAAGCUCAAUAGUUCGGUAAGGCAACUUUGUAUAUAGACGAAUUUUCUCUCAACCGUAGAUCAAAUAUUUUCGGUGAUAUCGAUAUUGUUUUGAGGUCGACUUUUCUGUUCAUUAGUUAGUAUGAAAGUUAAACUUUUGAAGCCCGCUUAAAAGAAUUUAUUUGAUACCAAAAAUUAUCGGGACCCCACUUCAGGAUCCGGAGUGGGGCCUCAGUAGAAGAUCUUUUCGCGCCGUUCACGCAAUGAACCACGAAUUUAUUUUAGUUUGUAAUUUAUUAUUUUCGGUUGGUCAUCAGAAGAGUUAAUAUAAAGAAGCACCUUUUUUUAACCUGUAAGCUAUUUAAGUGAAACUUUUUUAGAAUCAAAUCAAACAUUGCAUUGUAUAGUAUGACUUUAUUAAAAAUUGUUAGUUAGUUUAUAACCACUGCAACAAAACAAAGAAAACCUACUCUAUAAGCGCAAUUCUUUCAAGCAUACAAAAUAAACAAAAUUUGAACACACAACAACAAAAAAAUCUCUUUCUUGCCAUUAAAGAUCCUACUCGAUGCGAAGGGGCGAACCGAGAAAAGACACAACAUCGCAACAAAACCAGAGCAAAACACAACAAAAAACGCUAAAGUAAGGCCAAGCUCAUGUAAAUCAUACUUAUCAUUAGCGGGAGAGCACCGCGGUUUUCUUUCGUUUCUUAAUUCGACAUUUAUCUGUGCAAAUUUGUCCCAACAUGGGUUGGCGCGCAAAUGUUAGCAAACCUGGUGGCAGCGGUUUCGCCGCCCCUUUCUAAGCCGUUUUCAUGUUAUCAACCAGAGAGGCAGCAAAACAGUAGGAAGCGCCGCGGUUCUAGCAGGACUUUGUGAACAGUGGAGGGGGGGACGAGGGACUCAUUCACAUCACAAAUUAUCGGAAAAUGAAUAAUAAAUAGCAUGAAUCGAGAGUAAAUCGAUUACAGCGCGCGCGUACGCCUUCCUCCCACCCCCAUAUUCGAGAUUGCUCUCUCACAUAGGGAAGUUUCCGAGGGUAUCCGCUUGAUCCGCGAUUAUUGUGGGAGGGGGAAGCAAAUGAAUAAGAUCAACUCGGUGCGAUUUGUUUGUGUUGGCGCAUGAAACAAAUUAUCUACAAGGUUGAAGAAAAAAACACAUUUUAGUUCAACAACAAAAUAGUCAUAAUGGGAGGAGAAAAAAAUAAAAUUAAAAAUAAAUUGACGGCGGCAUCAGGCGUCGGAAUUAGGGAAGGAAAAUAUCAUGUUGAUAGCGGUUAGAGCGUGCGCGGAGAAAAGCAUAUGCACUGUGUACUUGCAGAAAUGAUAUGAAUCC